ACAUACGUCCUUGUCCGAGCGCGUCUUGGAAUGUCUUUUAAAAUCUACAACGUGUGAAUAUUUUUCGAAUCAAAUAAUCUCUUUAUUUUUACACUUAUUGCGAGAUUUAUAGAUUUUGGCACUCACUACGCUCUUGUUUAUCUCAAGACAUUUCAAGAUUUUCAAGAGAUGUGAUAGCGAGCUAAGCGAGCAAGUCACGCUGAGUCAUUGCAAACAGUGAUCAGCGGCAUUAAUAAGGUAAUAAGUUACGCACUGCUAACUGCUAACCACUGCUAACGAGGGGUGAGCCUGGUGAACCUAGUGAACCAAGGUGAACGUGUCAUCUCAACUGUUCAUUUGUACGAGAGUUAAACGAGAUUUGCCAGCUAAAUGGAUUGUUGUCUCUCGUCCAUUGUGAUUGUUAGCUGCAUCGCGAUGCUGUUCACUUUGACAAGAAGAUACUUAUCGUUCCGACGAACAAAGUUUCCAAUGUUACCGGAGACUUGGUGGACACCCGGCACCGAAGGCUCUGUCAACGAUGAUAUCCGACCGUAUAAAGUUAUUUUUUCCGAAGAGGUUGUGAAAGAUUUGAAAUUCAGACUGACACACACUAGACUAACAUCGCCGUUGAAAGAUGUAGCCUGGAAUUAUGGCACCAACACUGAUGCUUUGCGCAAACUUUUAGACUACUGGGCAAAUGAAUAUAACUUUCAGGAACGUGAGAAGUUUAUAAACCAGUAUUCACAUUUUAAAACAAAUAUCCAAGGAUUAGAUAUUCACUUCAUCCAUGUAAAACCAAGCAAUACAGAGGGAAAGCGCGUUUUACCACUGCUACUUGUACAUGGAUGGCCUGGUUCUAUAAUGGAAUUUUACAAGAUCAUUCCAUUACUAACUUCGCCAAGACCUGAGUACGAUUUUGUGUUUGAAGUGAUAGUGCCUUCGUUACCUGGAUUCGGGUUCUCCAGUGCAGCUACAAUACCUAAUCUUUCAGCUGCUCAUAUGAGUGUGAUUUUCAAAAAUCUCAUGUUGAGAUUGGGUUGUGACAAAUAUUAUGUUCAAGGUGGUGAUUGGGGUGCUACAGUCAUUCACACUAUGUCACUUUUGUAUCCGCAACACGUCUUGGGUUUGCAUUCCAAUUUGUGCCUAGUUCUUACUAAAUGGACCCUAUUAAAUAAAGUAUUGAAUCUAUCUUCCUUUUUGCCUUGGGGAAAAACUAAGAAAAAAGGUUCUGGUUUUUCAUUGAUGUUAGAGAGCGGAUACUAUCAUAUCCAAGCUACAAAGCCAGAUACAGUUGGAGUCGGUCUGAGCGAUUCGCCUGCUGGUCUGGCGGCAUACAUCAUCGAGAAAUUUUCCACUGGUACAAAUGUGUCUUACAGAGACAGAGCAGAUGGCGGAUUUCUCGAGAAAUUUACAUAUGACGAGUUGAUUGACAACCUAAUGAUUUAUUGGACAUCAAAUAGCAUUACUACAUCCAUGAGAAUAUAUGCCGAGAAAUAUACCAAGUCGAACAGAUCUGUGGAGGCGAUCCUGGAAUCAGCACCGAUAAAAGUUCCCAGCGCUUGUGCGCAGUUUCCUCACGAUAUAAUGGAGCAAAAACCAGAUGAACUAAGAAAACGAUUCGUGAAUCUUUUACGUGUUACUAAAAUGCCUCGAGGUGGUCACUUUGCGGCAUUUGAGGAGUCUGAAUUAUUUGCUAAUGAUGUAUGGGCCUCUGUUGACGAGAUGGAAAAGUGGAACAAAAAGCAUAGGCCAACAGUAAUUUGUAAACAAGGAGAAAAUAAACGUAAUUUAUAAACGAAAGAAGCACAACAUGUUAAUUAAAGACAAUAAACACAUGAAUUACGGGUUAAUGUGCUUAUAAGAGCAAUAUAACUUUUAUUCAAAAGUGUUUUUAAUACUUUUUAUUUUGGACCCAAGUUUAAGAUAUGUUUCGAAAAGCACAAGCGUUAUUUGAAAGCAAAACAGAAGUUAGACAAGAAUCAUUGUAUUUCUAAUUAUUAUCUGCAAUAAUAACCAAUAAUAAUUACAUAUUAUUCAUACUCAAAAAUUAUAAAAGAAGAUUUGUGUUUUAAAACAAAGAAUUAUAUGUAAUUAAAGCAGAAAAGUAUUUUAUUCACACACGUUUCAAAUUCAUGCGCUGUUUCGCAUGCGCAUAUGGCCAGAAAGUAUAUUGUUUAUAUCGCUACAUUUCGUCGGUACGACAGGUUUUUUAACCUCGAUAGUUAAUUUUAACGAUUAACAUCUCAGUUCAUGAGGCAGAGAGAUAUUUUUUUGUUAGAUUCGUUCGUUUUAUGUAAAAACGCGUCGAAUGAGACUAAUUUUAUUAAAAUUAGAGGUGGUGGGAGUAUUCUGUUUAAUUACCAUUAUUUUAAACGGACGUAAUAUAAUAUUCUCAUAAUAUUAAAAUAUUUAAUAAUAUUCUAAGAAUAUCGUAGUACUUUUAGGAUAACAUCUUAAGAUAUCAUUAACCAAUAAAAAAGUCGUAUUAACAUUUGCCAUUCAACUUUAAUGGCAAUUCAUUAAUAUUAAUCAAAAUUUAAGAAAAUUGUGGGACACAAUAAUUAUUUUGAACAAAGUUCAAAGAACUCUGGUUAAACUAAAUUGUGAAACUGAGCCUAAAUGGAACAUAAUCGAUUCUUAUUUUAAGAUUGUCGUAAGUAAUGUCUUAAAAUGCUAAUAUAGCUCUCUGAUUGGUUGUUUACAUCUAAAUGUUUAAAAAAUUAUUGUCAAAUAAUAUUUAUUCGAAUUUUGAAAUUAGUUUGCUUAUAUGGUUACAUAAUUUAAAAUAUUUAAUUCAAAUAAUCAUUAAAUCUUCAAUUUACUUCAAACUCUUUGUAUAAAAUAUAACAAAUUUCAUACAAAAACUUUGACAAUAGUUGAAUCAUUUGUCUUAAUGCUAAUAUAUAACAUGAUGUUAUACUAUGACAUUUUAAGACAGUACUUAAGAUGGUCUGAAAUAUAACAUUGAUUAUAAAUAUCAGCCUUUGUUCAAUUUAUUUGAUUAACUGCAUAGUGUAAAAAUAAUUAAAAUUAGACAAUUAUUAAAUCUCUUCAAUUACAUCCUAAGUCUACAAAAUACUCACAAUUUCAUAAGAAAAAUGUUUAGAAAAAUGUUAAGAAAUUGUCAACUAUGUUUCGUUUGGACGAAUCAUUUGUCUUUAUGCACAACGUUUCUAAAAUUGUACAAACACAAGUAAGAAUUAUAAUUAUUGACAAAUGCGAUUAAAGAAUUUAAAACUUGAUAGAGUUUAUUGAAAGCAAUUUAUUAAUGAAUACUAUUGAUAUUUUCUGUUGAAAUCUGUUGAAGUCUGCACGUUCUUUCUUUUAAAUAUCUUAUAUAAUCAAAAUUUGCUUUGAAAAUUUAAAUUGUGCGAGAUAAUACAUCACGUCAACUUAAAUCGGAGAGGCAAAUUUUAUUUUAUUUUACAUCAGUUCCUUACAAGCAUACUGAUCGCAGGUUCAUCCAAAUGUGUGAUAAACGAUUCAAUGUAAUCACGGAAAUCAUGCCACCAUAAAAAGUAAUAGCAAAUCUUCACAAUCAGUCGCUCAUCUUUAGUUACUUCUCUUCACAAUCAACAUAAACUGAUCUGUGAGAGAGAGAGAGAGAGAGAGAGAGAGAGAGAGAGAGAGA